UUUUAUAUGAUGUGAUGAUAUGGUGAAUUUGUAUAAUUAUGGGUGUAUUACAUCUCGGGCUCCGUUAUUAUAUUAUAUAGUGUUAUAGACACGGGCAUUCGGCAGGCUUUUGUGAGCCUUCUUUGGAUCUAUACUUUAAGAUGGGAUGAGCGCCACUAUAUGGCGCGUUUUGGCUGUACUUUUAUCGCCAAUUUCGUGGUACUAUGUCGUAUUCAACGCUUCCUUUUGCGGUGCCAUAUGCUUACAUCGUUACGAUGAUCACCGACGUCCCGUUGGCACAAACUAUGGCGCCUUUUUAAACCAUGGAGUGUCUAUCUUUGACCCAGGACAUUCUAGGAUCUCAGGACUUUUGAUGUCGCGUAAGGUUGUUUUUGGUUACAAGUAUAAUGCGGAGCGAGUGAAGCGCAAGGGCACUGUUCGGAGUCAGAUUUAUUACGACAUGUACAAGGAAAAGCACCCUCUGUAUGUGAUACAUCGUUUUAUGCAUGAGCACGAUCCCGGCAACCCUAAUUUUAAUUACGACAUUGAUUUGGCCACUAAGCCGUUGUGUACACGUCACAUUUUUAAGCAUUACAAGAAGGACAAUCGCCUGCGUUUCUUUUGGUAUGCUUCUGGCAAGAAGAAGCCCAACGGUCCUUGUAGUCGUUACAUAAACUACGCCCGUUGUUACAAUGAGUUUAGAUUCAGCAAGCUUGAGAGUUAUUAUCACAUUUUACCCUACGUUCAUGAGCAUUACAAGGAUGACCCUCGUUAUAUAUACUUUAUGAAUCGUUUUCUUGCCUUUCACGGUCGUGUUGCGGCGGCUAAGCGUGAGUUGUUAGUUAAGUCUGUUGAGGCGGGUUUGGAUCGUCCUGAGGAGUAUCGUCGUAGUUUAUCAUGGCGCGAGAUAAAGGAGCAGCAGCGUCGUGAGGUUUCUGAUCUUUAUGAGAAGCAUGGUAUUAAAGAUCGUAUAGAGGUUCGGUUGGGUGGCGGUAAAAGCUUCAUAGUGAAACCUGAUGGUUUUACUGUUCACGGUGAAUAUUACUCUCGCAUUGACAAAAAGGAGCGUCACUCCCCUUAUGACAUUUAUACACCUUACUACCGCACUUGCAACUCAUCUAAGCGUCGUCGUUUCCGUGAGCGUGGUCGUCCAUUAGAUCCUAAAGACCGUUGCGCUACUCGUCGUGAACGUCUCUUGAAGCGCCGGGCUGAGCGUGAGUCUCGUGAGGGCAAGGAUGCAUUUACAAAGAAGCUGUUAAAGAAAAAGAAAUCUUUUAAGGUUCUUCCACCGCCUGGUUGGAUGCCUGAGGAGUGCAUUGGGUUGGUUGAGCCAGUUAUUGCCCAAGUCAACAGUGCGACGUCCGGCGGUUGACACAUGAUCGCAUGAACAAUGAGCCUAAGGACUCU